AGUUAACUGUAUAUUAUACUAUAAGUAUUAUUAUACUAGUAAAAAUGGUGUUAAUAUUGUGGAAAAUGAGGAUAAGACGAGAAAUAUGUCAGUGUUAAUGGGGAGGAAUAAGUUGUGGUGUUCUCCCCAUUAGGAAUGGGAAUAGUAAUUCACAGUUGGAAUUCAUCCAAAUAACAACUAAAAUACCAACUAGUUGAUAGUAAUGAUGAAGUUUGUUACAUUGGCUUUGUUAGCGGCAUUGACUUCUGGCAUCUAUGUAUCAGCAGAGGUAUUAGACUUGAAGCCUUUGAAAUUUGUCCUAUACGGGAAACACGGUGAAGGUGAUAAAACCGCAGUUGAAGUCGGUGUAUGUCCUCUUGGUGAUCUUCCUGAUACCGUUUUCCUUCACAAGACUUUUGCCAAGGGUGAUCAUUUCUUCACAUGGGUCAGACCAGUCCACGGCAAGGUAAACAAAGUUGUCUGUGGAAACCACUUGGUCUGGGAGGCAGUCGGAGACGAAGUACUUUUGGACUUGCACUUUGUAGGUAGCAAGGAGAGUAAGAAGUUUGUCCAUUUGGAAGUUCUUCACCCCUUGGGAGGUGCAGUCCACGUGUUCCUUGCCUUCGAAGCAGGAGCAAAUCCUGGUACUGCCAAAGCCGUUGGUAUGGCUGCUUUUGUAGCCGCCCUCCACGAGUUGGUUGCAGGUCUUCACGACGUUGAAGGUCUUCCAGCACAUCAUCUCGUAAGCGCACUAGCACUUCAUGCUUCUUAA